GUAAAGGGGAGAUUUGUCGAGUCAUAUUUUGGAACUCAAUAGAUUAAAUUAAAUUAAAUGGGUUAGAUAUUCAGAGAUUAUUAAGUUCUAAUCCGUUAACAAAUCCGUACUUAAGAUGAUAAUAAAUAAGUUCCGGAACCAAAGUGUUAUAAAAGUUUUAAUUUAUGUAUCAAAACAAUAUUUGUCCAUGGAACGGGGAUAAUAUCAGAAAUAUCUAGAGAAGCCUAUAAAUAUCUCUCUCUCUAUCCUUUCACAAAGAUUCGAUCGUUUUCCUUUCCUCUCUCUUCGAAAAGUAAAUAACUCUCCUUCUCUUAAUCUCUCUCCAAAACCCCAAAAAAUCGAUCCAAAACCCCAAAAAAUCGAAAGAUCAAUUUAGAACAACAAAAUUAGGCGCACCAGAGAAUUUGAUCUGAAGACAAAGCCAGACUGGUUUCCGCGUCGAGCUCGGCUUCUUUUCCUGCUCGCUUGCUUGAUUGCAUGUUCACUGUAGGCUUUCACAGAUCUCCUGCUGUUGACAACACCUCUGACAUGGGUGGCUUCAACCAAGCCUCUACCGCAGCUUGCUCGGAUUCUACAAGGAAGAGGAGACGAAGAACUGGAACUGAAUCUGUGGUGGAGACUCUUAAAAAGUGGAAGCAGUACAACGAGUAUCUCGACACCUGCCUGGAUGGAGGAGCCACUGGCAAGAAGUCUGGCCGGAAAGUUCCGGCCAAGGGCUCGAAGAAGGGAUGUAUGAAGGGUAAAGGCGGACCCGAGAAUUCGCAGUGCAAGUACAGAGGGGUCAGGCAGAGGACGUGGGGGAAAUGGGUUGCAGAGAUUAGAGAGCCCAACAAAGGUCCCAGAUUGUGGCUCGGUACUUUUCCUACCGCGUAUGAAGCUGCUCUAGCAUAUGAUGACGCUGCUAGAGCCAUGUAUGGUCCUUAUGCCAGGCUCAACCAUCCUGAUAUUUCAAGGGCGGCCACCACCAGUUCGUCGAACGGUUAUUAUUCUGCCACGACGCCUGGUGGGUAUUCUUCCAUCAGUACUACUACAUCAUCGGAUCACUCGGAGGUUUGUGAGAAUGAUGAUGAUGCCAAGGACUGGGUGGUUCCUGAUGGGGAAGGUGAAUCGAAGGCCAGGACUCACUUGGUGGUUGAGGUUUCACCAUCUUCUGCUAUCAAGGUAGAGUGUCAAAUAUUGGACAACAAGAACGAGGUUUCUGGCCAUGAUGAGGCGAGCUUGAAAUCGGAAGUGAAUGAGGCACCCUUGGAUGUGAAAGAUUACGAGUGGCAGAAUUUCACGAUGGAUGAGAUGUUUAGUAUUGAGGAUCUGUUGAGUGCGUUGGAGAAUCAGCCACUCGAAGGGGGUCCGAACAACGGUGGUGGCGGCGGCGGCUGCUUGUUUUCUGGCAACAACCAGAUACAGGAGCAAGAUGCUAGAUUCAUUGGUGGAUCGCAGCACAAGGAGCCAGUACCAUUGUUCCCUGCUGCUGCUGAUGAUUUCAACUUCGACUUCUUGGAGCCCGGGAGGCAGGAGGAUAAUACUGUUCCUGUGGAUGAUCAGGGUUACUUCAGCCUGGGCUUGUCCGACUUGGGGUUUGAGGACCUGUGAUGGACAAAGAAGUGUUUAUUCUGGUCUUCUCACGGUUGCAUCGUUGUUCUUUCGAUGCGUUUUUUUCUUCUUUUUCUGGAGGGAGCUGAUUCUCUUUCUACGAGUUUUUUAGUGACUAGAGAAAUCGGCUGCCGAGUUUGCCUUGGUUUUUCUCUUUUAACUUUUGUUGCUUCUGUACAUCGUGUUUCUGCAGUGGUCAGAGACUUUGAAAACGUUUACUGUAGAUUCUAUCCGAGAAGUUUUUCUGAGAGUAGUGAGUGAGGGUGUAUAUGAUCUGAUAUAUGGGUUCUGGAAUAAAAUAAAAGAUGAUGAUGCCUGCUAAAUCCUUUCGUGUGUAGUGCUUCCUGGCUCCAGGGUCAUGGAUGGAGCAAUCGUGGUGCUGUGAUAAGGCUAAGGUACGCACUUGGUCGUCGUUCACUGUUAAUCGAACUUGUGACAAUCGUGUAUUUUGAUCUUAUGAAAUCUGAAAUAAGAGAUUACUGAUUGCAUAUAAUAGGAGAAAAGACGUUCACAAUCAUGUUCUUAAAGAGGAGCCAUUUGGAGAAAUGGUGGUUAUAAGUUCUAACCAUGAAGAAAACAUUAAGAAUGACACAAAUCCUCUCAUUGAGAUGGAAUUUUGAGGUCAAGAUUCACAUGGGAGCAACAUGAUUAAUGAUGAUGGCGGAAAACUCAUGAUGGAGUGAAAACCGAGAUAUGGUUUUAUCGAUAGGGUUUAGAAUAAGAGAAGUAAAAGUUAAGAAUGAGUUAUGGCUUUAUCAAUAGGGUUAGGUAAGAGAAGUAAAGGUAAUAACAAUUUUAUUUCAUUUAAAGAAUAUAUUUUAUGGAUUAUUUAUAUUAAGCGGGUUAAUGGUACAAUCUCAAUUUAUUUUUCACUCUUUUAGUCAUUAUAGGGUCAAGAUCAGGUGACUAAGGGAGUCCCUUAGUCACAUGACUAAGUCCAUCUCAGCCAUUAAGGUUCAUUAAAAUCUAAUAGUUGUAAUUGAUCUCAUUUAAUGAAGGGUAUUAUAGUAAUUGCAAAUUUAUUUAAUUCAUUAAUUAAAACAAAUUAUCCCCUUCCCCUCCUCUGCGCCGGCUUCCUGGGUUCCCGUCCCUUUCUGCCGGCGUCCCUUUGCUUUCGCCGGCAAGGAAAUUGUUGCCCCCAAGAGAAAUGAGAAUACGAGAGAGAUGGGGAAUUUAAAGGCCCAGGGGAGUGUGAGGGAGAGAUGAGGAAUUUAAUGCCCGAGAGAGAGAUUUUGUACUGUUAGUAUGCUUUGUAUUGUUUGUUGAUUUAUUUUGUAAUGUUUGUAUGCUUUGUUAUUUUGUAAUGUUUGUCGGUUUUUUUUGUAAUGUUUGUAAACUUUGUUAUUUUUGUGUACCGUGUUUAUCAAUUUUGUCAACCAUGUUUGUAAUGUUUUUUAUGUAUAAAAAACACCCGGGUUGACUUUGGGAAGGAGCCCCUCUAUAUAGGGAUGGAGCCUCCAAAGUCAACCCGGGUGUUUUUUCAGUUCGUAUGGAUUGUCGGUAUAGUUUGUCAUUUUUGUCCACCAUGUUCGUACUGUUUGUAUGUCUAAAAAACACCCGGGUUGACUUUGGGAAGGGCCCCCUCUAUAUAGGGAUGGAGCCUCCAAAGUCAACCCGGGUGUUUUUUCAGUUCGUAUGGAUUGUCGGUAUAGUUUGUCAUUUUUGUCCACCAUGUUCGUACUGUUUGUAUGUCUAAAAAACACCCGGGUUGACUUUGGGAAGGAGCCCCUCUAUAUAGGGAUGGAGCCUCCAAAGUCAACCCGGUUGUUUUUUCUUUUUGUAUGGUUUGUCUUGUUUGUCGGUCUAGUUUGUAUGGUUUGUAUUGUUUGUCGGUCUAGUUUGUAUUGUUUGUACAGUUCAUACGUUUGUAAUGUUUGUAAAUCUGUUUGUAUGUUUUGUCGCUCUAGUUUGUAUUGUUCGUAUGUUUGUAUGGUUUGUACUAAUUGUAAGUUCGGUUUGUAUACUUCGUAAUUUUUCAUAAUACCCAAACUACCUCUGUCAUUAAUUAAAUAGCCCUUCCCACUUUUUAACCAUCAGAUUGAAUUGUCCAGAUCUAAUGGCUAGGAGGGGCUUAGUCAAGUGACUAAGCACCCCAGUGUGCUUAGUCACUUGACUAAGCCCCUCCUAAUCCUUAGAUCUGGACACAUCAAUCUGAUGGUUAAAAAGUGGGAAGAGCUAUUUAAUUAAUGACAGGGGUAGUUUGGAUAUUAUGGAAAAUUACGAAGUAUAGAAACCGAACUUACAAUCAGUACAAACCAUACAAACAUACGAACAGUACAAACUAGAGCGACAAAACAUACAAACAGAUUUACAAACAUUACAAACAUAUGAACUGUACAAAAAAUACAAACAAUACAAACCAUACAAAAAGAAAAAACAACCAGGUUGACUUUGGAGGCUCCAUCCCUAUAUAGAGGGGCUCCUUCCCAAAGUCAACCCGGGUGUUUUUUAGACAUACAAACAGUACGAACAUGGUGGACAAAAAUGACAAACUAGACCGACAAUCCAUACGAACUGAAAAAACACCCGGGUUGACUUCGGAGGCUCCAUCCCUAUAUAGAGAAAUUUCAUCCAAAAGUCAACCAGGUUGUUUUUUAGACAUAAAAAACAUUACAAACAUGGUUGACAAAAAUGAUAAACAUGGUGCACAAAAAUAACAAAGUUUACAAACAUUACAAAAUAACAAAGCAUUCAAACAUUACAAAAUAUGUCAACAAACAUCACAAAGCACUGUCGCCGGAAAAUUCUUCUCUGUCGACGAUGGUCGUCGGAAAAAAAAUUUCCGAUCAUAAAAUAUCUCUCUCUCUCUGCAUUUGGGGGAAACAGGCAAAGGAAUAAAAUCCCCGGCAAAGGAAUAAAAAUUCUCUCUCCCUUUCUUUCUCUCUCUCGUAGUUAAUUGCAAGAUUGCAAUUCAAAGCGCGCUCUCUCGUAUUUAAAGUGGGGUGAAGUUGCGCCGGAAAAAAUCCCCCUCCGCCGCCAGCGGAAAAUUCCACAGCCACGAACCCGCAACGGGAGGAUGAAGGGACCGGCUGUAAUUUUUAUUUAUUUUAAUUGUUAAAUAAUUAAAUAAUGUAAUUACCACUUUAUCCCUCAUUAAACUAAAUAAAUCUGAACCAUUAGAUUUUAAUGAAGUUCAAUGGCUAAGAUUGACUUAGUCACCUGAUCUUAGCCCAUAUGAAAAUGAAAGAAAAAAAAAAUAUGCCUUGAAAGUUGAAAGGAGUAAUCUAGCAAUACAGGAAAGUGAGUAAAAAGUAAAAACCAAGAUAAUUUCACCUUGUAUAUGGUAUAUGGAGGAGCAAGAAUGGUGAGCAAUUUACUUGUUGAUUCGUUUACAACAAUUUUGCUGAAAUAAUCAAUUUCUGCUAUUAGGAAAGUAAUAUCAUCCUAAUUAAUGUGGCCUAAUCUU